UCCCUGGUCUACUCCAUGCCCUCCCGGAAUGUGUCCCUGAGGCUGGAGGGCCUCCAGGAGAAAGACUCUGGCUCCUACCGCUGUUCUGUGAAUGUACAAGACAACCAAGGCAAAAGCAAAGGCCACAGCAGCAAGACCUUAGAGCUCAAAGUACUGGUUCCUCCAGCUCCUCCAUCCUGCCGCCUCCUGGGUGUGCCCCAUGUGGGGACCAAUGUGACCCUGAGCUGCCAGUCCCCAAGGAGUAAGCCUGCUGCUGAAUAUCAGUGGGAGCGGCUACCCCCUUCCCCCCAGAUUUUCUUUGCACCAGCUUUAGGUGAGGGAAUUUCUUAACAACUGAGACUAUGACUGGGGAAGGGAAAAGGUGAGAGGUGCCCUGGGGACUGGUGUGAAAAGGGGAGGCAAUGCUGCAAAGGACUGGGCAGGGGGAGGAGG